AUGACUAUAGUUUCAUAUCCCGAGAACUCAUAUUCUGGGAUAUGCUUCCACAAUAUAAGCUUUGGAGUUGAUGCUGCUCAUGCCGCAGCACCCAUCUUAACAUCUUUGAGGGAACGAUUGACGGAAGUUAUCCUAUCAAAUAUUGUUGCUGGAAGGUCAGUAUCAGAAGCCAUGGAAGUAAUGGAGAUAUUCUCAUUGGCACUGGAAGGAUGUAGCCUGAAGACUCUGGAUCUCUCAAACAAUUCUUUGGGGAGGAAGGGUGUUUGGGCCUAUAGUGCGCUUUUGAAAUCUCAGAGUAACCUGGAAGAGCUAUAUUUGAUGAAUGAUGAUAUCACCAAGGAAGCUGCAAGAGCAGUAACUGAGCUAAUUCCGUCUACAGAAAGGCUUAAAGUUCUUCAUUUUUAUUUCAAUAGGAUCGAAGCUUCUCCUUCUUUGGAGGAUUUCUGCUGUGCCACCUCGUGGAUAGGUUCCAAAGGAGGAGUUGCCCUUAUAGAGGCGUUAGGAAGGUGUCGUAAUCUAAAAAAACUUGAUCCUUCGGACAAUAUGUUUGGCAUGGAAGCUGGUAAACUUAUGGCUACAGCUUUUCUGUCUAAUGCUGGUCUUACUGAGGUUCACCUGGGCCACUUAAAUCUACAAGCAGAGGGGGCAAUAAAGGUUGGGAAGGCUCUCAUGCGAUGUGCCCCGUCACUCGAAGUCUUGGAUAUGUCUAUGAACGGCAUCAAUCCAGUAGCUGCCGUUAUUUUAGCUAAGUGUGUAGCUUCCAAACAGUUUCUUACUAAACUAAACUUGUCAGGAAAUAGACUGACGGAUACAGGUGCAUUUUUCAUUGGUGAUGCACUUGCAGAUGGUCACGACCAGUUGACGGAAGUCGAUAUGUCCGGAAAUUUCAUUAGAAAGGACGGGGCGACAUGUUUGGCCCGAGCUGUAGCUGGUAAGCCUAGAUUUGCUUUGUUGAAUAUCAAUGACAACUGCAUAUCUGAAGAAGGCAUUAACGAUGUGAAAGUAAUAUAUUCGGGGUCCCCUUCUAUGCUUGGUCCGUUGGAUGAGAAUGAUCCAAAUGGAGAAGAUGAUGAGUGGGAUGAGGAUUUUUAG